AUGUAUUUCACCCUGGCCACCGCUCUCCUGAGCACCUCCAUCCUCGUCAGCGCCGCACCAACGACCUCAUCUGCGCCCCUUGAGCGCCGCGCCUGUUCCGUUGCGUACCCGCGAAGCAUAGGAUUCCCCAUCAACUUUGACAUUCACCAAGACGCAGGGGGAGUCAACUCAGUCCCCAACGCCCUAACAUUCAACAAUGUGCCCGCAGGAUCUUACGGCUGCCAACUUGAAGUCAACUUCCCUGCCGGCUACCCGAUCACCUCAUCUGGCGCCAGCGCCGUCAACAUCUUCGCUACCUCCGGCGACAGUGAGACGCUUUUUGGUACUGUUACCCUGCAGAGCAGCCCUGUUGCGCCUACCAAGUUCAUUAUCAACUCGGCAACGUGCAGUACGUUGAUGACGUAUAAGAUUAAGAUUGCUAGCGAGACUGAGGCUGGACGUGUGGCUUUCGCUGACACGAAGGAUGCUGGCUUCACUAUGACCUACAACUGCUGA